UCUUUCUGACAGCUGGCUGUCCAGACUCCUUGAUUAAAGAGGUUCAUCACUUCAGGAUUCUGGGAGAAGAACAGUACAACCGCUACCAGCGCUAUGGUGCGGAGGAGUGCGUGCUGCAGAUGGGCGGCCUGCUGUGUCCAACUCCCAGCUGUGGAGCAGGUCUGCUACCCGAACCAGGAGUGAGGAAAAUUGUAUGUGAACCAGGCAAUGGAAUAGGCUGUGGGUUUGUGUUCUGCCGUGAAUGUAAAGAAGAAUACCAUGAAGAGGAAUGCAGCUCUUUCCUCAGCACACAGGGAGCUGUGGCCCAGAAGGGAUAUAUAGUUGAUGAAAAUGCAGCCAUGCAAGCCCGGUGGGAAGAGGCAUCUAAAGAAACAAUCAAGAAAACAACCAAGCCAUGCCCCAACUGCCAUAUUCCAGUGGAGAAAAAUGGUGGCUGCAUGCACAUGAAAUGUCCUCGACCUCAGUGCAGGUUUGAGUGGUGCUGGAACUGUGGCCUGGAGUGGAACAGAACCUGCAUGGGCAAUCACUGGUUUGACUGAUAGCGCAAUGGCCCAGGGGCUAGCUGGCAUUGCUGCUGCAACUGACUUUCAUCAGGGUCACAUUCUGAACUCCUUGCUUAAACUCCCAGUGGUUUCAGAGAUGUUCAGAAGUUAGCUCAGUUUGUUGUUUCUUUGCUUGCUUGCCUAUGAAAUCAUAAUAAACUCACACUGAAGGCAUGCCAAGGGUUUUAAAUCCACUAAGUAAAAAGAGAAAUUGUUUUAAUGGACAGACUUACUCACUGUGGUAAAAGAGGGAUAUCUUUCACCUUUCUGAAUAUAUGCAGCCUGUCAGCACAGAGAGACAGGUUUACCAUGAGGAACUCGCUUGAUAUUUCUAGUCAGAAAUCCCUGACUCCUGCAAGAGAGCAGCAGGUGUAUCAGGGGCUAUGGUGGGGAGUCCCAGCACCAAUUCCUUUGCUCAGUCAGUACAAUUUUUGAUUUUAAGAAUGUGUUUCUUAACAGCUUAAUAGCUUUUUAGCAGAUGAAAGACACUGGCUGUUCAGUGUUUACUCAGGGUUCCUUCUGAACAGGUUUACUAUAGGGUUCUUGCUUUCAAACCAAAUUCUCAUAGAAAUAGCCAGCUUUAUGUCAGUUUUGUGCUUGUGUAUUUGUAACACACAGCAUGAAAUCUGCCUAUAUCACACAGACUAUGUUACCUCAUAGAUUAGUUGAGGAUGUAUCCAGUUUGAGCUCUAACCACAAGUGUUGCAGAGGUGAUUGGAUAUGAUUAAGUGUUGCAGAAGCUAAAUUCCUAGGGUUUCCUUUUUUUUGUGCUUACAGCUAUACUUUGGAUGUAGCAAGGGGAAGCAGGAUGAGCCUUCUUGGGUAUUCCCUUCAUUAUCAAUCUAAAUUGAAUCAGAAUAUGGUUAUAUUUCUGAAAACGUAUUCACAGCUCAAACAGUGAGGAACUUUUAUUUUACAAUGUUUAUACAAUAAGUAAAGCUUUAUAGCAUUUCCAAAUGUGAACAAUCUUACUGUUUCGUGUCCUUUACAUUGCUGUCCUAAUCUAAAAUGAAAUGGGUACUGCUCAUCUCAAUGUGUCAGGUAAGGAUUUCUUCAAUUCAUUUUGAGAAAAAGCACACAGUAAAUAAAAGUGUCAAAAUUGACUUCA